CUUGAAGGCACUUCCGCCCUCUCUUAAUAUGGCGCCGACGGAAGGGGCGGGGUAGGACCGGGCGAUAAUGGCGGCAUCGAGGCUGGAGCUGAACCUGGUGCGGCUGCUAUCCCGCUGCGAGGCGAUGGCAGCGGAGAAACGGGACCCGGACGAGUGGCGCCUGGAGAAGUACGUGGGAGCCCUGGAGGACAUGUUGCAGGCCCUGAAGGUCCACGCGAGCAAACCGGCCUCUGAGGUGAUCAAUGAAUAUUCCUGGAAGGUGGAUUUUCUGAAGGGGAUGCUGCAAGCCGAGAAGCUGACCUCCUCCUCAGAGAAAGCACUGGCCAACCAGUUCCUGGCCCCUGGCCGUGUGCCAACCACAGCCAGAGAGCGAGUGCCCGCCACAAAGACGGUCCAUCUGCAGUCACGGGCGCGGUACACGAGCGAGAUGCGGAGUGAGCUACUAGGCACGGACUCUGCAGAGCCUGAGAUGGACGUGAGGAAGAGAACUGGAGUGGCAGGGUCCCAGCCAGUGAGUGAGAAGCAGUCGGCAGCUGAGCUAGACCUCGUCCUGCAGCGACAUCAGAACCUCCAGGAAAAGCUGGCGGAAGAGAUGCUAGGACUGGCCCGGAGCCUCAAGACCAAUACGCUGGCCGCCCAGAGUGUCAUCAAGAAGGACAACCAGACCCUGUCACACUCACUGAAAAUGGCAGACCAGAACCUGGAGAAGCUGAAGACGGAGUCAGAGCGGCUGGAGCAGCACACGCAGAAGUCAGUCAACUGGCUGCUCUGGGCCAUGCUCAUUAUCGUCUGCUUCAUCUUCAUCAGCAUGAUCCUCUUCAUUCGAAUCAUGCCCAAACUCAAAUAAAAAACCCGCCCACCUUG